UGUAAAAAAUUUUGUAUCUACAAAUAGAAAAGUCAAGCAUAAAUUAAAUAACGAAAAUACUACAAAUAAUUCUGAAAUUAAAACUCCAUGUAAAAAAUCUGAGCAAAUGGAAAAAUAUACAUUAUAUCCUGAAUCCUGUAAUCAGCAGAAAUACGAUGAAAUGCAAAAUCAUAAUUAUUACGGUAAAGAUAAUUUUUCCAGUGGUGAUUUUGAUUUUAUGUCAAAGGGAAAUUUUCACUCUCCUGAUAAACAAAAUGUUGGUUAUCAGAACUCAUUUACUGAAGCAGAUCACUGGAAUUAUCAGUCUUGGAAUACUCGAUAUUUUUAUCAACAGUGGAAUGGCCAAUUUUCAAAUAGAUCAAGUAGUCAUCAAUCUGAUGAAUAUUACAAUAACUCUUCUGGAAGAAACUUUAAUUCAUAUAGUGAUAAUUCAAAUACAGACAAGUUUAAUAAUAGUUCUGUAGAGAACAAUAACAAUAAUUAUUGCAGACAACAGAAUGUCAGAUAUGGAAAAUUGAGAUCACAAUCUAAACAUAAUUUAACAUUUAACAAAUAUAAAUAUGUUAAAUCUAAUAUUAAAUCAUAUAAAAAUACCUGUUUUGAGAAAAAAAUAAAACAGAAAUAUGGAAUAAAUAAUCAAGAAAGAGGAUAUGUAGAUAAUACACGUGCUAAAGGCACCUUUCCUAAACAAAAGUUAUUAAAUAUAAAUUCAGGGGCCAAAUUAAACACACAGUUUCCCAAUCAGUUUAUUUCUUCUUCCAAUAAAAAUUCUCAGAAUUCUAACGUAAAAGUUAGAAAUAUUGAGAUAGAACCUUCAAAAUCAACAUCUCACAUUAGAUUUAAUGAUUUAGAUGAUACGGUAGUGAAUGUUUUUGAAGAUAAGGAGGUAAAUGAAAAUUUUGAAAUUCAAAAUUCAGAUGAAAAGAAUGGGAAAAAAACUGAAUCAGAUGAACUUUUAAUUAAAAGAAAUCAAAACAAUUCUGUACAGCAAACAGAUAAAGUUGAAAUAUUAUCAUCACAUAUUAAAAAUGAAAAUGGUGGACUUGAAAAAUCAAAUCUAUCUGAAGAGGAAAAUAAAAAUUCAACAGACAAAAAUUCUCCAAACAUUGAACAAGAUACUACUAAUUGUACUGGAAAACUUUAUAAAUUAUCUCAAUUAAUAGAGAAAUCAGAAAUGGAAAUUGGUGCAUAUAAUAAAGAACUAAUUAAUAGACUUGUAAAUUUUCCUCGGAGUAGGAAGGAACAAAUUCGUUUAGAACAGUGGAUUAAACAACAUAUUAAAACAAAGAAACGAUUAACUUUACCACGAUUUAAUUUGCAACUUGGCCCAUCAGAAAAUUCCAAAGAAAAAAAUAAGAAUUCACCAUCUAUUUUGCAUAGUAUGGUAUCGGAAGUUGUGAAUAGUCUUCCAGAAAAUGUUUUAAAUUCUGUUGUUUCCGCAUUAAAAAAUGGUGAAAUAGAAAACAUUGAACAAAAUGUACAGAAUGAUGGAAAAAAAUUUAAAAAUAAUAGUAAUCAGACAUCUGUUUUGCAAAAAAAAAUUUCUUGUGAUUCUAUAAAUAUUACUGAACUGACUUAUAAUGAUAAAUUAAAAUGGUUAGAAAAUUGGAUUACUUAUAAUUUACCUAGAACUGAAGAGAAUGUUAUCAUAAAAACUGAGGCAUCACAGUCAACUGAAAAUGAUUCCGAUCAAGAUAAUGAGUUUUCCAAAGAAUGCACCCAACCAGAAAAGGUUAGCCAAGUUAAAGAUUCUUGCAUAAUAAAAGUGAAAGAAGAGAGAAAAAGUGAUGAUGAAUCUACCAGCACUGUUAAUUUUGAAGAUUCAGUUAACAUGAGUGGUGUAACAGAAAAUAUUGAAAAUGAUACAAAUUUUUCAGACGUGUCACCUGUUACUAAAGAUUCUGGCACGAUACCAAGUGAAAAUGACAAUUUAUCAUCAAGUUUAAGCAGUGAUCAAAAUAAUAAUUUAAACUUAAGUGAUAUUAGAAUAAAAACGGAGCCCGUUGAUUUAGAAGAAGAAAUUAAUGAAAAUAUUAAAAGUGAUGUAGGUAAUAUCCCAAAUAGUUUUGAUGCACUAAAUAGAAAUUUUACUUCAUUGCCCCAAUCAGUUGAAAUGAAUGCAUUUAAUGAGCCUUCUAAUAUUAGUCAUUCACCAAGUUUAAGUAAUAUGGUUAAUGUUGAAGAUAUACUUCGUAAAAGAGGCUUAUUACAGCCACAAACACCAGAAAGAACAAAUGUUUCAAAUGGAAAUCAGUCAAAGGUAACUUCUGGAUCAUCAUCACAGACUUUAAUUCAAGAAAUACUAGCAAUAAGUCAAAAAGAAGAAGAGAUAAGAAUACAAGCACAAAAAAUUGAUCAAAGUAUAAUUUAUUUAAUGAAAUUGAUAGAAGAAGAAAAGAAAAAAAGAACUCAGCUAUUUCACGAAGAAGAACAAUUACGUUCUCAGAGAAUACAAUUACUGCAAACACUUCAAGAAAUGCAAGAUAAUCAAGAGGGAUUCCAAGCUGAGAAUGUACCUAGCCACACAGAAAAUAUGAAUUCUUCAAAUGAAACAGUAACUCCAACAUAUUCAAAUCUUGCAGACAAUUCUUACCCUACAUUAUCAACAGAUAAUAAUGAAGGUUCUUUUACAUUUAUGACCUCUCAAUCAACAGUACAAUCUACAGAUUCAAAAACUGAAGUGCAAAGGAUAGAAAAGAUAAAGGACAAAGUUAAAAUACAAGAAAGUGAAAAAAAUGUAGUAAAUAAAAUAAAAAUGGAUAUACCAAGGAAAAGGGUACUUAGUUCAGAAGAGUCUUUUAAAUCCAUGGAAGGAAAUGUAUAUUUAGAAAAUAAUAAUAAUAAAAGCAAAGAAGGACUUUCUGCAAAAAAACUAAAAUUCAAUGAAAAUGCAGCAUCACCUGAAAUAAUUUUAAUGGAAAAUCAGUCUGAAAAUCCAUUUAUUAAUUAUAACAACAAAAUGCAACAAUUUUCUUUCUGUGAAAAAGAAAAUAUUGAAAAGUGUAGUAAUUCUUCAAACUGUGAAACAACUAAAGAAAACUGCAAAAAGAAUUUAGAAAAUCUAGGGAGUUCAUACUCAAACAAUGAUCAUUUAAGUGAAAGCAAACAUUAUGAUUUGUGUAAUGAUAGCAAGUCAGUUUUAUUUUCCCAGGCAAAAAAUAAUGAAAUUGAUAAAUUAGAAGCACAUAAUUCAUCAAUUGUUGAUAUAAAAAUGAUUUCUCAUNUGGAAACUUUUGCAUACUACUGUAUGUUGGCCAUCCAUUAUGGUGAAAAGUGUAGUAAUUCUUCAAACUGUGAAACAACUAAAGAAAACUGCAAAAAGAAUUUAGAAAAUCUAGGGAGUUCAUACUCAAACAAUGAUCAUUUAAGUGAAAGCAAACAUUAUGAUUUGUGUAAUGAUAGCAAGUCAGUUUUAUUUUCCCAGGCAAAAAAUAAUGAAAUUGAUAAAUUAGAAGCACAUAAUUCAUCAAUUGUUGAUAUAAAAGUACAUGAUGGAUAUUUAUAUACGUGUUCAUCUGAUAGGACAGCAAAGAAGUUUGAUUUAAAAAAUCUAAAUAAUGUGUUGAGUUUUGUUGGUCAUCAGAAAACUUUGUCAUCUAUCCAUAUUACUAAGUUUGGAGAUGAAAAACAAGUAUUUACGUCAUCAAUGGAUGGUUGCCUUCGCUGUUUUAAUGAUCUGGUGAUAAAAAAUUUGCUUAAUUAAUUUUAUAAUUUUAAUUAAAUGUUCAUAGCUCAGUUGUAACUAACUAAGAAUUAUUAAAUAUAUAAAGAUCCACAACUAUAUCAAUAUGCUACAUUGUUAUAAACACAUCUGUAUCUGUUAUAAACUACAUGUACAGUACAGUACAUUAUACAUUAUAACUAUAUCUUCAUAAUGCAGAUAUAGUUAUAAUGUAUAAUGCAGAUGUAGUUGUAAUGUAUUAUGCAGUUUAUAAUGUCAAAAAUAAGACGUAAUUAAUUUAUCUAUUACUUGUCUUCUAAUGAGUUGUGUGUGCAAAGGUUUCUGGCCAGAAGGAAAUUUCACUUUAUUAUAAGGUGAAAUUUACCCUGUUAUAGGAUAAAUAGGAUUUAAAUCUAUCCAUACUAAAAUGAAGUAAACCCAGUGAAGUGAAAAUCAUAAAAACUUGGUAAUAAAUUUUUAUUAAACUAAUAUUUCUUUUUUACCAUUAAUUUAUAAGUGAUUUUGCAUGUGCAAAAGUUUCUGGCCAUUCUCAUUAUGUAAACGCAAUGCUUAGUCACAUUCAUUCAACAUUUUGCUUUAUUGUGCACAGCACAGGAGGAUCACUCAGAUUGUAAAAAUGCAUACACAUACAAUGAUAAAAAUGCACAAAAUUGCAAUUACAUUUUUUUUAAUUGGAAAAUCUUCAUUGCAAAUAGCAUUACUUCUACUCAUGGGAAUCAAGAAUGAAUGAUACUUUUCCUGGAUAUCAUGCUGGUUAGUGUAGUGUAAUCCAAAGCCACAAUGUGGUUGACCAAAGAAAACAACUGCUAAAGUAGACAAGAUUGUCAAACAGAAAUGUAUGGCUACAGUAAGAAAACAGUAAUUUGCCAGUUUAAUUUGUCAACUGACAAAUUACUACAUUUACAUUUAUAAGUAAAGUGUAAAUGUAGCCUCUGUUAGUCUCAGCACAGUUACAAGGCAUCUACAUGAUAUUGGACUGUUUGGCUGUGUUGAAGUCAAGAAACCUUUGAUGAGUAAGAAUGACUUAAAUUUGGUAAAGAAUACUGAAACUGGAAGACUGAAGAUUGGAAGAGGGUCACUUUCAUAGAUGAGUCUAAGUUUAGUUUUUGGGAACAAUGGAAGCCAUUGUUUCCAAAGACAUGUUCAACAUCUAGUUGGAACCAGAAAUUAUCCCAGAUAUCAAAUGCCUACAGUAAAGUGGGGAGGUGGAAAUGUUAUUUUGUGGAGGAUGUUUUCAACCCAAGGAAAUGGACCAUUGGUAAAUAUUGAUCGAAUAAUGAAUGCUUAGAAGCACAAGGAAAUUUUGCAAACAAACCUGUUGUUUGCAAAAUUACCUCAAACACAUGUCAAAGUUGGUGAAAGAGUGGCUUAGAUUUUAAAGUGGCCAUCUCACCUUAACACAAUUUAGCAUCUUUGGGAGGCACUUAAGCAAAAGGUUAUGAAGUGGUAUACAUCCACCUAGAGAUGCGUUGUUCCAUGAUUUACAAGAGGAAUGAUCCAAAAUCACUGCUGAUACAAUUGCUUGACUGAUUGCAUUAAUUCCACAGUGUUGUGAAGUAAUAAUGCAGAAAAGGGAUUGGCUAUCAAGUACUGAUGUGCCAAGAAUGUUUAUUCUUUUACAUAAAAGGAAUGUGAAAGUUUUUUAUGUUUGUGUUUAAACUAGUGACUGGAAACUUAUGCAUUAGUUUCUGUAACGCUUUCUGUUAUAAUAGACACAGAUUGUAUUUUGACAAGAUAUGUAGUACUUUAUUAUGAUCACUUGCAUCUUUCUUGCUAUAUAUUUGAGUAUAGUUAAUUUUAACUGUUCCUCUCUGAUACAGCUGGAAACUUUUGCAUACUACUGUAUGUUGGCCAUCCAUUAUGGGUGAGUUGCAGAGAGCAAACCUACCCUUCUCUUUCUUUGUGCUUGUAAGGAGUUUCCUGAGUGACCAUAGAGUGGAAUAGGUCACUCCAAUGACAAGGUAUUUCAGGAGAUUGGAAAGGGGUUGUCCCCAGGAGUCAUGCAUAGGGCCCUUCCUUUGGAAUAUCCUUGACAUGGCACUGAGACUCGUCAUGCCAGACAAUGUCCAGCUGCAGGCCUAUGCAGAUGACCUGUUACUAGUAGUUGCACUAACAGACAUGACAUGGAGAGUCAUGGCAAUGAAAUAAUAGAACUGCUCAUUUGUUGGGGGGCAGUCACACGAACUGCUACUAUCAAGGCCUCUGGUGUAAACUAGAGGCCUUGAUGAUGGCCUGUACUGGAGUGUUGACAUGCCAGCCAAUUUAACAGAUUUGGGGGAACCCCAUCAUAAGGGUGAACCAGCUUAAGUGUCAUCAUAGACCAGACUCUUUGCUGAAUGCCCCAUCUGAAGCACAUUCGAGACAGAAUGAACUUCAUGAUAGUGGCUGGCUAGACAGAACUACAGUUUAGAAGGUGAAGCAAUCUGGACCAUUUACAAAAUGGUCCUGGAGCACAUGAUCUGCUAUGCCUGUGGUAUUUGAUGGAAAGAUUCUACCAAUGUGAAGCAGAGCUGGAUGCAGUUCAGAGGCCUGCUGCCCUGCAUGUCACUAGAGCAUACAGAACUGUGUCCACAGAUGCAGCCCUGGUCUUGUCCAUACUGCUGCCUUUGCCUCUGGUAGUCAGCUAGGAGGCAGCUUUCUACAGAACAACAGUGGAAGGAAAAGAGGUGAAACACUGUAAUCAGAUGUUCCCAGCCAUAAAGCUCUCAUGUCAAUUAGAUAUAUGGAACAUCCACUCAAGCCGAAGGGUUGGAAUUGGCUGGGAUGUUGGUGAACCAACACUAUUAGGUGUUGAGAUCUACACCAAUGGUUCAAAAGAUGGCAGCCAAGUGCUGUGUACUGCAUCUAUAACAAUGGAAUUCUACUGUACAGUUCGUCAGUCAGACUGAACGAAAGGCAUCCGUCUGGGAAGCCACCAUCUGAAUGAGCCAUGAGUUCGACCUGGUGGCUCUUUUGGGAGCAUCCCAGUGGAUCCUACACAUCUAGGGCAGGGGUGGCUAACAGUUUUUGCCCACGGGCCAGAUUGGAAAGAAAACUUUUUUCACGAGCCAAACAAAAUAUUAAAAUUAAAGAAUAUUCAAUACAAAAAUGAUUCAUUUAAGUAAACAAAAUUUUAUUAUGGAAUUUGUUUAUGAAUAAAUGUAAGUAGAUUAGUAUUAGUACAACAAAUUAACAAACAAACGAACAAAAAUAAACCUAAUGUGACAUGUUGAAGUGCCUUGCAUUGCCUAUUAUUUUCUUAAGAUCUGGCUCUAUACUUGUAGUAGCUAUUCUUAACACAGCCUCCAAAUGUAAAUCAUUCAAUCUUGAUCUUGUUGUACUUUUAUUUAGAUUCAUUAAAGAAAAAGUUUGUUCACAAAUAUAAGUUGAGCUGAAGAUUACUAAAUAUUUCUUGGCAAGUUUUUUAAAUUUUCAUAUUUUUCAUUAUUCAAUUGCUUAUAAAAAUUGCACAAAUUUUCUUGCUCUUUGCAAUAUUUCUCAUGUAAUAAUUCAUCACAUUGUAAAUCAAUUAUUUCUAAUUGUAUAUCAACACGAACGUCACCUACAUGUACAGAAAUUGGAUUUCGGGUAAUAGAUAAAAUUUUAUCAAUUUUCUUGAAGCAUUCGAAUUGAUGCAAAUAAUCUGUCAUUAGUGCAAGGAUGUUGUUGUUAAAUUCUUGAACCUUUUCUCUUGAAAUAUUUAGAGAUACGGUCUCUAACAUUAGAAAAUGAUCAAAUUUGCAUUCAGCCAGAUUUCUAGAAAAAAGACUAAGCUUCAUUUGAAAAGAUUUUAACUUUUGUAUUAAAUCAUGAGCAUAUAAAUUUUUUCCCUGUAAACAUACAUUAAAUUCAUUGAAAUGUGUGAAAAUAUCCAAAGAAAAUGCUAAAUCACAAAUCCAAUUUGGGUCUGAUAAUUCAGGAAAAUCCACAUUUUCUUUAAGCGUUAAAAAUAUUUUAAUUUCCUCUUGAAGAUCCCACACGUCUUAAAACUUUUCCCAAGCUUAACCAAUAGAUUCUAUUGUAAUAUACUACAUCUAAAUAACUGGUAUUUAGUUCUUCAAGGAGUGCAAUAAAUUGCCUGUGUUUUAAUUCUUUUGAUCGAAGGAAAUUCACUAAUUUCACAACUACGUUUAUAACAUGAUCGAUUUUUAAAACAUUUUUGCAUAAUACGUGUUGAUGAAUAAUGCAGUGGGUAUAAUUUUAUGAUUUGGAUCAAUUUUAGAAAUUUUGUCUUUAAUUCGUUUUAUUAGACCAAUAUUUUUUCCAGUCAUAUUUGGUGAUCCAUCUGUUGUUACAUUCACCAAUUUUUUCCAGUAAAUAUUGUAUUUCAAAAUACAUUUUUCAAUCUCGGAAAAGAUCUUCUCCCUUUGUUGUAUUUUUUAUAGGAACAAUUGACAAAAGUUCUUCUGAAAUUUGAAAAUCUUCAGUUAUAGUUCUGAUAAAAAUUAAUAACUGAGCAGUAUCCUUUACAUCACAACUUUCGUCGACAGCUAUGGAAUAAAAAUGGG